AUGAAGAAGGACAACUGGGAGGAGGGUCACACUCGGGCUGCCGACCAGCGCCUCAGGUCUUCCGAUUCCCUCUCGAGCGUCGUCAUGCUCGAGCGCGUUAAGCACAUGACCUGGGCGUGGUUCACGUUUGUCAUGAGCACGGGGGGUAUCGCGCUGGUGUUGCACAGUACGCCGAAUCAGUUUGAUGGACUACGGGUCAUUGGCAAGAUCUUUUUCAUCUUUACCAUUAUUAUCUUUGUUGGUAUUGUUACUGGUCUUAUUGUUCGCUUCUCGACGACGGAUAGGGCUUUGAGGAAUAGUCUUCUACAUCCGACAGAGAGCCUCUUCUUUCCUUGCUCGCUUCUCAGCGUCGCCACCAUCUUGACAAACACGGCAGCCUACGGUCUUCCUGAAACCGGCUCUUGGCUAGCAACUGCUUUGAGAGUAUGUUUCUGGCUGUACACGGCUCUCUCGACUCUUUCGGCAAUCGUCCAGUUCUUUGUCUUGUUCAAAGGCGCUCACCUGCCUAUCCACUCCAUGACGCCGGGUUGGAUAUUGCCCAUCUUUCCUGCCAUGCUUACGGGCACCUUGGCUUCUGCAAUUAUGCCUUCACAAAGUCCUGAGCAUCGGAUACCAAUCUUGGUGGCUGGAGUCACAUACCAAGGCCUCGGCUGGACCGUGGCCACACUCGUCUACCCCUUGUACCUCGGCCGGUUGAUGCAGGACGGUUUGCCAGCACCAGCAAUGCGACCUGGAAUGUUCAUCGCCGUUGGACCUGCAGGUUUCACUUCUGUAGCCCUCAUCGGCAUGGCCCAAUCGAUCCCAGAAGGAUACGGAUAUUUCAAGACAUAUCCCAUGGCACCUCAAGUCCUGCAAAUCCUUGCCCUCUGGGUUUCCAUCUGGAUCUGGUGCAUAGCGUUUUGGUUCUUUUCAUUCAGCCUGCUAGCCGUCCUCUCCUCGGCCCUGCAGUGGAGGCUGAGAUAUAGCAUGACGUGGUGGGCGUUUGUGUUUCCCAACGUUGGCUUCACCCUUGCCACGGCGCGGAUCGGGGAGCAGCUGGAGAGUCCGGGGAUCAGAUGGGUUUCGACUGUCAUGACGAUUUUUCUCGUGGGUCUUUGGUUCAUGGUCUUGUAUGCGCAGGUAUCUGCCGUUAUUCGCAGAAAGAUUCUAUGGCCAGGUCGUGAUGAAGAUCGAUAG